GUUACUACAGGAAGUGACGUCGCCCGUGGUGUCGGCUCUUCUUUUUCUCGUGUGUUAGCGGCUCCAGCCAUCAAAGAUGACUACAGCUGCGAGACCAACAUUUGAGCCGGCAAGAGGAGGUAGGGGUAAAGGAGAAGGAGGGGGAGAUUUGAGUGCCUUGUCCAAGCAGUAUUCAAGUCGAGAUCUUCCGGGUCACACCAAGAUCAAGUACAGGCAACCUACCCAGGAUGCCCCAGAGGAGGUGCGUGCCCGUGACUUCCGCAGGGAGCUGGAGGAGAGGGAGCGUGUAGCUGCACGUGAAAAGACCAGAGAAAGAGGACCAAGAGAGCACACCACAUCAUCAUCAUCUUCGUCAUCGUCUUCAAAGAGGCCCAGACUGGAUCAGAUCCCAGCGGCCAAUCUUGAUGCUGAUGACCCUCUCACUGAUGACGAUGAGGAUGAGGACUCUGAGGAGGACAGUGAUGAUGACGACACUGCAGCUCUUCUGGCAGAGCUGGAGAAGAUCAAGAAGGAGCGGGCUGAAGAGCAAGAACGCAAAGAGCGAGAGCAAAAGGCAGAGGAGGAGAGGAUUCGCAUGGAGAAUAUCUUGAGUGGCAAUCCAUUGAUCAAUCUGGCAGGGCAGCAGCAGCAACAGCAGAUGACGCAGACACAGAACACAUUCAGAGUCAAGAGAAGGUGGGAUGAUGAUGUUGUAUUCAAGAAUUGCGCCAAAGGAGUGGAUGAAGCACGGAAGGAGAAACGCUUUGUCAAUGACACACUGCGCUCUGAGUUUCACAAGAAAUUCAUGGAGAAAUAUGUAAAGUAAAGGACGUUGUUUUUUUGUUUGUUUUUUUUUAAUCUAAUUUCUUUUGUCUCCAACACUUUGUUCCAAGAAUGAUAGAUGUCAUUCAAAUACGGUCUGUAUUCAAAUGCAUUAGUAUUUGUACAGUCAUCAAGUAAAAUGUUGUGUAUAUAAAUGAUAUGAGUUGGUGAGUUACAUCCUUUAAAUAAAGCUCAUGAAAGUUUGAUGAAAUUGUUAA